GCCCACGGUGGAGCACGUCUCCGCCGACCUCCUGCCAAUAAAUGAAGCUUCCACGCAGACUUAUGUUCCUCCUCACCACUGACGCGCUCUGGGGAUCGAACCUGGAACAGUUUGGGAAAGUGUCUUCAUUCGCCCACUUGUCUCCCGUCAUGUGGCACGGAUCGCCAGGAAGCGCAGUUCAACUUGCUCUGCGUUUUUACGCGUGCGAUGCAAAAACCUCUGCUAUGAAUUCGGAGUUCAUUUAGCCAUGGGCGCGCACAUUGUGGAGGGCAACUCCAGCAGCAACUUGACUCCCGCAGCGCCCGGGGUUGGGACUGUCUUCCCGGGCUACAUGGUGGUGAUCCUGUCGGUGCUGAUGGUGACGCUGGUGGUGGUCGUGGUGGCGGGGAACGCGCUGGUCAUCAUGGCUUUCAUUGUGGAUAAAACCCUGAGAACUCAAAGCAACUACUUCUUUUUGAAUCUGGCUAUAUCUGAUUUCCUCGUGGGUGCCUUCUGCAUCCCGGUCUACAUCCCCUACAACCUGACUGGCAGGUGGAUGCUUGGCAAGGGUCUCUGCAAGGUGUGGCUGGUCAUGGACUACCUGCUCUGCACAGCCUCGGUCUUCAACAUCGUCCUCAUCAGUUACGACCGCUUCCUGUCCGUCACCCGAGCGGUUAAAUACCGGGCGCAGAGGAACAUGACCCGCCAUGCCGUGCUGAAGAUGUUGGCCGUGUGGGCGCUGGCCUUCCUCCUCUACGGCCCCGCCAUUAUUUUCUGGGAGUCCAUUGUCGGCCGGAGUGUCGUCCCGGCGAACGAGUGCUACGCUGAGUUCUACUUCACUUGGUACUUCCUGCUCAGCGCCUCCACCUUUGAGUUUUUUACUCCCUUUGUGUCCGUGGCCUUCUUCAACCUCUGCAUCUACUUGAAUAUCCACCGGAGGAACAAGAUGGGCCUGUGUUCUGAGGAGAUUCCUGUAGAGAACAAGAGCAAGAAGAAGAGAAAAGAAGGAGCCGGCCUGGCUGUGUUUUUUGUCAAGACUCGAAAAGUGUCAUCCAGCGAGCCCACUGCGAUCUCCGCAGUGAUCGAGGACGACGACAUACUGUCCCCCUCCUCCAGCGGGGAACCCGCCACCAGUCAGAUAUUCAUACAAAGGGAGAAGUUCUCCCCGAGCAGGAAGGACUCCACCAUGUUUCAACCCUCUCCGUCCGGAAUCGCCACCGCACGCCGGGCGCAAGGAUCCCGCCUCUCUAGAGAUAAGAAGAUUGCCAAAUCUUUGGCCAUUAUUGUCUGCAUUUUUGGCAUUUGCUGGGCUCCGUACACCCUCCUGAUGAUCAUCCGAGCGGCCUGCAGCGGCACCUGCGUGGCCAACUACUGGUACGAGAUGACGUUCUGGCUUCUGUGGUUGAACUCGGCCAUCAACCCGUUUCUGUACCCGCUCUGUCACAGCAGCUUUCGAAGGGCUUUCUCCAAGAUCCUGUGUCCUAAGAGACAAUCAGUCCAGCCUCAGAUUGAGAUUCAAUCUUGUUAGAUGAUCUCUUUUGCACUUCCAAGCUUUACCAAUGCAGUGAUGAUCCACCAAUGUAAAGAAGCUACAUACUGUUCUUCCAUCUAACACGAGGAGGAAAAUUGAAGUCCUGCGACAAUUGAGCCGCUCCGAGUGAAGCAAUAUCGUGUGGAGUCGAAGGAGUGAAACAUCGGACCUUAAAAGACAUUAAAGAAGUUUGCGGCGAGUUAGGCGCAGACCUAGCUAAAGCACCUGUAACACUGUAUUACGUAGACGCCUUUUUAACCUAGUAGUAUGAGAGAUGGUCAUUUCAUUUAUUAGGCCCUGGUAAUAUCAAACAGUGUGAUGAUACAAAUGAUUUCAGCUUCACAGACAGCUGUAAUUCAGAUCCCACCGACUUAUUUAAGCCAUAUUUAAAUGCUUCAGUGAUCUAGUUCAAUGGGAAGCUAUUGAUUAUUGCGGUUUAAAAUCACAAAGAGAACAUUAUUAUCAGAAUGAGUCUUGUUAAUUGUAUAACAUAAUACCCUGCGUUUACGUAAUACAGUGUUACAAGCCCUUGAACAAAAAGUGAUUAUGUAAACACUUUUUUUCGUGCAUGCUUAAUUUAAAAAGACAAUCUUUUGUGGGGAAAACAUAAAAGAAAAGAUGGGAUUUUAGAGAUCACUGCUGUGUUUUAAAUGACUAUGACAAACCAUUCAGACAUGAGCACACUGCAACAGUGAAAAGAGUUUUGAAUCAUCAUAUCAUCAUUUUCAAUCAUCAUAUUAAGCUCCCCCAUAUCAAUGCUAUUAGCGGUAUUCAAACUGGUGAACAGAUGAAUUAGUUUAACAUUUCCUUCAACUGAUCAACUCUCCCUUUCAUCAUUGGUGUUACUAUAUUCACGUGAAUUGUUCUGCUCAAGGUCAGAUCGCUGCGGCAGCGACCAAAUUAUAGAAGCCCAGAAUUAUCUCUAACCAGAACCUCCUCCAGCACUUUGUCUUUUUCCAGUGGGAUAUCGAGGUGUUCCCAGCACAAUUGAGCGAUGCCAUCUCAAUAGCUUUUCCUUGUUGCACAUGCUCCAAAAGGAGGUGCCCAGGAGGCUAAAAGACUGAGUCACCUCGACCGGCUUCUCUUGAUGCAAGGAGCAGCUGUUCCACUUUGUAUCUAACGAAGAGUCCAGGCUUUUCAAUGAUGGUGAACCUGACUCAUUCAGUGCAGCGCUGGGCUUCUUGCAGUCCACACACAGUUGUUGAGCCACCAUGGAAGACCAUUUUGUCAUUCCUUGUUUUAUACAUGUCGCUGGCCCAAUUCACAACCCCUCGAGACACGAGUCUUGACAAAUAAAUGAUCUGUACAUCACCUUCAAAUGUUCACACUGCACGUUCCAUUUUGUUGGAGCUUCUGUCCCUUCUCCAUGUAGUUUUGGUCACUGAUAACUUUUGCCAUCUAGUUAAUCGGUCGCUUUGCCUCAUGGCUCAGCUCUGGCUUCAACUCAACUCACUGAUGCAGAGUCCUCAUGACUGAAGGUGCACACCAACCCUGCUGUCCAUGCUUCCCUCACUUGUGAACAAGACCCCAGACUCCACCUCUUUAAUAACUUUCCGUGUCAUAGAAUCCCUUCCACCUUCCUAUUUAGUCGAAGACAACAGUGUCCCUCUGUACACAGAUUUGAUCCGGCACUGCUUCCCCCAGAUUCAGCUCUUCCCACCCCUGAGCUUUAGCCUUGGAGCCAGGAGCUGGACUCGUCUUGGCAUUCAGAUGUGGCUUCAUCAGCGUCCCCUUUCAGCCCGAAGACAUCCUUCACUACGGGGGACUACUUUCGACUCUGUGACAAAUAAAGCCUCCAAAUAUAUGUGUUGCCCCUUAUAGCCGUGGCUAAGCUCAAGCUAUCUCUUUCAAUCACAAAGCCAAAGCUGUAUUUGGAGUGCAUUUUUAUCAAAUGUUUAAGCUGUUUUGUAAAUUGCGAGUUCAAAAUAAGAGAUACGAAAAGAAAAUUGAUCCCAACGACCCAACUCACAAAGUGUCUUAAAAUCAUCAAGUUUUUACAAAUAAAAAAAAAAAGAAAUUAGUACUUUUUUAAAGACAAUGGAGGGGGUUGGCGAGUAAGAUUUGUUGAUAUAGUUAGAAAGGUGUCGUCACUCUCACGAACAGCGUCAGAAACAAGGGUUCUGUUGCACAGGACGAGGUUGGUCAUGAUUCACUCACUUGCUAAUUCCAGCUUUAAAUAGGGUUGGACUGAAAAAAGAUCCAUUUAAUAUCACCAUCAAGCAAAGCUAGUCGUAGGCAUGAAGGUUAGAAGAAGUAGUUAAAGAAAUGCUAACAGCAUGUGGUCACUGUAUUUUAAAGAUGUUUCAUUGAGACGCGAGCACGGUUUGUAAUGGUCCGCCUGCAUGACCGCACUGAAAAAGAAGGUAAUAUCAUCUGUUUGCUCUGCUAUUCUUAAUAUCCUCUCACGUCGCCGUCAUUCCUGAUCCAGCAGAUCUGUUUCUCGUGGCUUCUAGAAAAGAAAAAAAAAGAAUUACAGUGCAUUUGAAAUCUUUUGUCCUCAAAAAUACAUUCAAAGCUUUUCAUCUCACAGCAAUACAAAUUAUAUUGUGUAAUUCUUAAAGUUUCAAGAGCUUGAAAAGAAUAUGAUGCUGUAUUUGAUAACUGUUUUUAUCUGUGAUGUUUUAUAUCAGUUAUCUUAAAAUGUGAGGCAAUGGCACGUGACAUCAUCUGCCGAUGCUGAAUUUGCACUUAAUUUUACAGAGUUGUUUAUGUUGAUUCUCAAAAUGUACAGCACUAUAAUGUGAGGGCAAGUUUUGUACAAAAAUAUAUCUAUGCCAACUAGAUUAUUGUGUUCUAUACAUGCAGUAUUUACUCAAAGAGACCGUUUACUUGACUUUGUUUUCAGCUCGAUGGCUGUGUCUGUGUCAGUAGCCAAAGGAAGAAUAAAAAAGAAGACUGACUACUAUAACACUUUUUUGGAGUUAAACCUGUGCUAAAGUGGAGCGGUGACUUUAACGAAACCAUCUGCUCUAUCGCCUCAAGUCACCUUCAAUAUAUGACAAGAUGAUAGAUUUCGUCCUCAGUGCUCAGAUGUGGCACAAGUAUUCCCAGUAGAAAUCUUGAGCUGUCCCAUAUCUGAAAAUACCUGUGUAUGUAACCACCCACACCUGCCUUAAGACCUGCCGCAGGUCCAGUGCCCUUGGACAAGUUGAUGCCCACUUGUUGAAGGCGUACAUGUGCAGGCGCAUUCAUGAGCCUGGUCGACACCAGAUGAAUAUGUCAUGAUGCUCACUGUCUCUAGUUACCCAAGCCUGUUAGUCGAAGCUCAGACAAUCUAUAAAGACACAGGAAAAUGGGUUUUUAAAAUGGAAUUUGGGCCCCCUUUCUUAUGUUAACAUGGUGUAUGCAAUAUAUUGACAAAUGUGAUGUGAAACAUCUGAAAUGCGACUCAUUAUUUGAUGUGGUUCACUGAUAUGAAUAAUAAACUUCAAUUGUCUCUAUGGAAACAUUUAAAGGUUUGUACAAGUACAGAGCAUUGAGUUGGUCAUUUGUACCACUGGUGAGCCGUGGGUUCAGUAGCAGACAGAUAUGAACACAAAUCUUUCAUCUCACUGUGCAGAUUCACUGAUAGUGUAACUGUAACUUGAGAGAUUGUGGUAUCUAAGAUGUUGUCAAGCUCUUGUGACGUUUUUCUGUUCAUCUGUUUCACCAGAAAUGGAGCACACUGGUUGUUGAAUUUACCAUA